CCGGGAUUUGAACCCGGGACCUCUCGCACCCUAAGCGAGAAUCAUACCCCUAGACCAACGAGCCGCCAUGACCAGUGUUUUCUCUCCCUUCCAGAGGAAGGCUCGGCUGCGGCCGUUGGAACCGUUGGCUGCGCGCGGCGAUGCAAGCCACGGGCCGCGCCGUCGACCGGAGCAGAAACCGGCUGCAGUCAAAGUAUCAGCAGUAGAGGUCAACACACCAGAGGAGAUAUUUGUGGAGAAUGGGACAGACGCAAAGCUUCCAUGCACGUUUACAUCUGUGGAAGUGAUCAGCAGCGCAGCAUCUGUUUCUUGGAGUUUUCAACCAGAGGGAGCUGCAACUCGUAUCUCAUUUUUCUAUUACUUUAACGGAAAGCCAUACCCUGGAAAGGACAUACCAUUUAAAGACAGAAUCACUUGGGCUGGAGAUCUUAACAAGAAAGAUGCUUCUAUCAGUAUAUCAAACAUGCAGUUCCGGGACAACGGCACUUACAUUUGCGAUGUCAAGAACCCACCUGACAUUGUUGUCAAACCAGGAGAAAUACGAGUUAGAGUUGUGGAGAAAGACAGCCUGCCUGCGUUCCCCAUUGCCAUGGUGGCAGGGAUAGUCAUCGGUACGGUUACAGGUCUCUCACCGCUCAUCUCUAUUGUCGUGUGUCUUGUCAUCAGAAAGAACAACUCUAAAAAACGAUACUCUGGCUGCAGUACAUCUGAGAGCUUGAUGUCACCGGUUAAGCAGGCUCCGCAGAAGUCGCCCUCCGACACAGAGGGUCUGGUAAACAGCGUGCCCGCCAGAUCACACCAGGGCCCAGUCAUUUAUGCGCAGUUAGACCACUCCGGAGGACAGCACAGCGACAAGAUUAACAAGUCAGAGUCUGUGGUCUAUGCUGAUAUUCGGAAGAACUGAGAGGACAUCCUAAGCUAUCCAAAGGAAAACACACAUUUAGACUGGAGUUGCUUGAACAAGAUUUGACCCAGAGAACUCACAUGUGGCCUUUGAUGCCUAGACUAGGACCAAUGCAUGUGCACACAGAGGGAAAGAUAUAUAUGUAUUGUGUGUAAAUAGUCUAUUUAAUCGUACAGAAGUGAGACCAAUGUUGCAUGUUGAAAUGCGGUAAGAAUUUUGCUUAUAAAUUGCCAAUAUUCUUUUUUGUAUUUUGUGUGACGAGAGGGAAAGUGAAAACUCGCAUCACAACUUUUAAAUAUUUUUAUCUUGAUUAUUAAUGGAGAAACUGGAAGAUACCUGAAGAUUCUAGACUGACCUGGAGAUUCUUUUUUUGUUAUAGGGCCUAAUUUCUUUUGUUGAGGUGAAUAUAAAGAACGUAACUUUAUACCUUCUUUAUAUUCAUAGAGUUAUUUAUGUAUACAGGGUAUUCAUCUUUCCUUAGUCAGAUUCUCAGUACAAGCUGCCUUCUCAUAUAAACUAGACACUUGGUCUUGUAAGCCAAAUUGUGACUCCUAGCUAUCAGAAAUAUAUGUCUUAGCAGUGUAAGUGAAGGAAAUAUUUAGACCUACCUGACCUGAGUAACACAGGUCACAAAACUGUUUACUUCUGUGUAAAGCCCAUCUAUUCAAGCUUAGUCCUUUAAGGUACAGGGAUAGUGUUGAUCUAAUGAAUUUUAGUUUACCUGUGAAAACUUAAGAGCUAGUGAGUUAAAGGGAUGGGAAGCUAUAGCAUAGGUGGUUGCCUCAGACUCCGUUGAACCUUUCAAUGAAAUGUUUCUUUCUUGAAGCUCUGCCAAUUAAUUUAAGCAUUAAAAAGGGCUCCAAUGGAUCUGGAAGCUUUAGUACUCCCUCACCUCUCUCCCAUGGCUCCAUUAUACCACUGUCACUUCCUUAGGGAUGCUUUAUCUGUUCUUAAAAGCCUGCAGUGGAGGCUGAAUGACCUCUGGAGGAAAUCUAUGACAUCACUCUUUGUUUUUUUUUGACGUGUGUUUUUUUCCACAGAGGAUGUGGACGGCAGUUUAUUUCCUUCCUCUCUGCAAGUCUACUACUUGAAUAUAAUUUCCCAGCUUCUUGUUUCUAGAUUAAACUUGUAGAUUCUUAAGGAUCUUUGAUCGUUCUCUCGUGCUGAAGAUCUUUCUUUAGCUGACCCACUUGUAUCCUGAAAUCUGCUACUCAAAAGUGGCAUUCCAUUCAGAGUGAUCAAGCAGUGAAAAAAGUGCUUCCUUGUGUUCAGGUGGAAUUUCCUCGUUUUUAAAUUUCUGUCCGUUGCCUCUUGUCCUACCAGUAAGCACUACUGAGAAAAGUAGUGCUCUUCAUUCCCUCCCAUCAAGUAUUUAUACGCAUUGAUAAGAUCUCCCCGCCUGAAGCCUUCUCUUCUCCAGGCUGAAUGGUGCUAGCUUUCUCAGCCUUUCCUCAUAUGAAAGAUGCCCCAGUUCCUUUAUCAUCUUUGUGGCCCUGCACUAGACUUGCUCCAGUAAGUCCGUAUCUCUCUUGUACUGGAGAGCCCAGAACAGGACACAGUCAAUAUUCCAGGUGUGGCCUCACCAGUGCUGAAUAAAGGGGGGAAGGAUCACCUUCCUCGACCUGCUGGCAAUACUUUGUCUAGUGCAGCCCAUGACACCAUUUGCUGCCUUUGCAGCAGGGGCACGCUGCUGGCUCGUGUUCAACCUAGUAUCCACCAGGACCCCCACAGGGCCUUUUCUGCAAAGCUGCUUUCAGCCAGGCAUGCAAUGGUGCGUGGGGUUGUUCCUUCUCAGGUGCAGGACUUUGUACUUCUUCUUGAACUUCAUGAAAUUCCUCUCCGGCCUGUCCAGGUCGCUCUGCAUGGCAGCACAACCGUCUGGUGUGCCAGCCACUCCUCCUGGAUUUGUGUUGUCUGAAAAUUUGUCUCUCCUGAAUUAAUGUUGUGGUUUUUUCAGACCUUAUCUUCAGUUUGUCAGUUGAAUCUUAGUUUGAAUUCUCAUCCUGUCAUCCAGUGAGCUUGCAAUAUUCUUAGCUUGAUAUUUGCAAACUUAAGCCUAUAUUCCACUGUAACAUCAAGUAAAUGAAAAACAGUUCUAGGCCCGUGGCAGACCCUUUCAGAAACACAUUAGAUAAUUCUUUAAUUAUGACAGUGCAACUUUAAUAACUGUUUUGUGUACAGGGGUUUUUUUCCCCACAAAGUUUGGUAUGUCAACACUAUAUUGUUUCAUUGGGAUCAGACUUCACUGGUUUUCUGACAACACCUGCCCUUGUUAGAAGCCUCAUUAAGAUCAGGAUGAAGCCUGCUGCUGCUGCUUUCCUUAUCUACCAGGCUGUUAUUUCCCAACAUUUGUUUUUCACUUAGUAAGAAAUUAACACUUUUGACAUAGUUGAUGGAGAAACUUGAUUUUGAUCUGCCUGUAUUCAUCCCUGUGCAUCACCACCUUUCUCCCAGGCAUUUUAGAGUGAGAAAUGGGAUGAAUGUCGUGGUGAAGACCUUGCUGCUAUGAAAAGAUAGGGCUGUCCUUGGCUCUGAAGUCUGCUACUAAUCUUUGUUUCUUUUCCUGCUGGAAUAUACUGGAGAAUCUGAGCUCAAUCCUGCUCUGGUGCUGACUUUAAGAAACAUGUUGUUCUGGUGCUAACUUUAGGAAAUGCACUGAUCUGACUGGUGCUAACUAACUUUAGGAAUCAUCUCCUUCCAUUGCUUUUGUUUGGCUAGAGGUAUGUUCAUCUUGCCUGUACUGAGGAGGCUCAUUGCAAGGCUGCUUGGAUCCUCUUUGUGAAGGCAGAAUGAACUUACAAGUAUUUUUAAAAAUUACUGAAUAUCUUUUAAGAAAGAAAUAAAAGUCUCUUUCCUCAUGAACAGCAGAAUCAGUCUGACUCCCUCUAGCGUGAAGGCUGUUGAGUUAUGUAUUUUUUUUUUGGUCAUGGAAACAUGAACAAUGUAGCUAUUAAAUAACUUCUUCAGGCUGAAGUCAAAAGAACUUGAGGCAGUGUGAGACAACACUUGUGAACAUUCUGUACCUCAGGUUGUCUUAGUUUGUUUAAUCAUAUGAUAACCUGUACUGAUGAGAGAGACUGGUGCUAAGUUGACUUACUUAGUAUAGUCUCAGGAGACAGAGCCCUUCUACUUCCUUGAUGGGUAGCAAGCAGAGAUUAAAGUAGACAAAGUCAUCAUAUCCUGAUGUUAUGGUGACCAGAAGUUUAACUCUGCUCUACUGCUGUUCUCUUAAUUCUUUGAUACUGUUCUUUGCAGGUAGAAAAGAACAGCUUGGACUUUGAGGAACACUUGUGUUGUCCUUGUCCUGUUGUACUGCUGCUAGCUCUGACCAUCAAUUUUAAAAAGAAGUGCUGCAGGGCAGGAUUGCUGCAGCACAGCUGAGGGGUGGGCAGCCUCUGUUGAGGCAGUACCGAAUGACUAAAACUGUUACAUGGGUAACAGUAGCUCUUGGAUAGAGGAGCUGGGUGGUGUAAAAGACUUGCGAUGAAUUCUCUUUUAUUUAUCAUGCAAACAAAACUGGGAUCAAUCUGAAAUCCAUUCCUCAGCUUGGGGGGGGGGGGUGGGAAGGUCUUUUAUGGGGUAAGAGUAGCCUUCUAUCCAUUAUAGGAGUGCAGUUUUAAAUUGCCAGCCUGGGCUCUGGCAGCUAAGCCAGCUGGCACCCCCUAUAGUCAUGGAUAUGAGUGUGAUCAUUCAUUUUCCCUGUUUUUAGCAGAGCUGCAAAGUGGAGAAGUUUUGGCUUUUUAGUAACAGUGGUUAUAUUCUUCCUUAUUUUUGAUAUCAGAAGUGAAUUUUAAGAGGAUUACAAAUAAUUGUAAAGUAUCAUUCUAAGUAAAUUGGUAGCUGUACUUAGUACAUCAAAUAUCCAUUGCCCCUUUUGACUCCAGCAAUUCUGUGGGGAGAUGGUUGGCAUAUUUAUGAAAUGGCAUUAAGAGCCUUUACAGGAUGGCAAAUAUGUCUCUGUAACUAAUUGAAUGAUGUGUCAUUUGUAACGGAAGACCUGUAGGAUUUUGUUUUCUCUCAAAGCUUUAGUGAUAUUUCAAUUUGUGACUAGAAGAGCUGGAAUUAGGUUUUUAAACUUUUUAAAACCUGUGAGAACUGUUUAGGUAACCAUAUGUCUUGUAACUGCAGUAAACGUGUAUGGGCAACUUAGAAGCUGCAUUGCCUUGAAGUGGAUUUACUGAGGUAAAGUGUGGGCUGUUUGAUUUAUAACCAGCACACCUUUACCCUGUAUUGAAACCUUGUCUUGGAAUUUUACAUUAUUAAUGGAUCUACCUAGGACCUCAAAUACAAUACGUUCUUAUUGUGAUGGACAUAUUUUCUCUCUGAAACUAUCGAAACUGUAAAGGUGGGUAAGUCUUCUGGGCUGUGGCCACACCCCUGCGGUGCUAGUAUUUAGGUAACAUUUUUAUACAGACUACAAAAUCAUAUCAAUUAUGCUCAGCAAUUAUAUUCUUGAGGCUUCCCUUUCCUUUCUCUUCACUGCCCUAAAGCUAAUAAGCCCUUUCAUUUAAAGGUAUUUUUGCACUCUAAAAUGUCAGUUCAAUGCCUUUGGAGAUCAGUGUGCUGUGCAAUCUUUUCUGUCUCCCUGCAGUGUCAGCAGUUUUCAUGUGGUAAAUGUAAUUGGAAACAGAGUCUGGGUACUUUUCAUUUGUAAACCUCUGUCAUGGAGGUAUGCAAGAGAACACCUGUAAGACAGGUGUAUAAUCUGUGUGAGGGAGCUAGAGAGGCAUUGCAUGGCUUGAUUACAUGAAGAGCCAGUGUGCCAACUGUUAGUGCUUUUGCUUUUACAGACUCAUCUGGAAACAGUUAUCUUGCAUAUUGUUUCUUGAAUGGACUUUUCAUGUUUUCUAUUGUAAUCUUGUGAAUAUUUUAAUACACUUUUUGUUUUUCCCAUUA